AUUUUGCUGAUGUGUCUGAGUUUCCAGAUUGUUAGAAGAUCUGAUCCCCAUAUCGGAUUGUUGCACCGUGGAACUGAAAAGUUAAUUGAAUAUAAAACCUAUACUCAGGCUUUGCCCUACUUUGACCGAUUGGACUACGUGUCCAUGAUGUGCAAUGAACAGUGUUUCAGUUUGGCUGUUGAGAAACUUCUUAACAUUGAUGUUCCAAUUCGUGCUAAAUAUAUCAGAGUUUUAUUUGCCGAACUCACAAGAAUCCUAAAUCACAUCAUGGGAAUAUGUACGCACGCUUUGGACAUUGGUGCGCUUACCCCAUUCUUUUGGCUUUUUGAAGAGCGUGAAAAAAUGAUGGAGUUCUAUGAACGUGUAUCAGGAGCCCGCAUGCACGCUGCAUAUGUUCGUCCUGGCGGUGUAGCGCUGGAUAUGCCGUUGGGGCUAAUGGACGAUAUUUUUGAAUUUGCUUCGAAGUUCAAUGAACGGUUAGAUGAGGUAGAAGACCUACUAACUUCCAAUAGAUUAUGGGUGCAAAGAACCGAAGAUAUUGGCAUCGUGACUGCUGAAGAUGCGUUAAAUUAUGGCUUCAGUGGAGUGAUGCUAAGGGGAUCUGGCAUCAAGUGGGAUUUGCGUAAAACGCAGCCAUAUGAUGCUUAUGAUAAGGUAGAAUUCGACAUCCCUAUUGGAACCAAAGGUGAUUGCUACGAUCGGUAUCUUUGCCGUUUGGAGGAAAUGCGUCAGUCGCUAAGAAUCAUUCAUCAAUGCCUGAAUCAGAUGCCACCUGGUGAAAUAAAGACCGACGAUGCGAAGGUUUCACCACCAAGUCGAGGGGAAAUGAAGACAUCUAUGGAGGCAUUAAUUCACCACUUCAAGCUGUUCACCCAAGGUUACCAAGUCCCACCUGGAAGCACCUACACUGCUGUAGAAGCUCCUAAAGGUGAAUUUGGAGUUUACUUGGUAUCUGAUGGAACCUCUAAACCAUAUAGGUGCAAAAUUAAGGCUCCGGGAUUUGCGCAUUUAGCAGCGUUGGACAAAGUUGGUAAAAACCAUAUGUUGGCCGACAUUGUGGCCAUUAUAGGAACCUUAGAUAUCGUAUUUGGUGAAGUCGAUCGAUAAACGCAACGUAUGAUUUUCAAAUAAUAUUCAAUUAUCGCAAAAUAUAAUAAUUAUGUUAUCGGUAAUCAUUAAAUAAUUUAUUACGUUCAUUGAGUUGUAUAUAAGAAUAGCUUACGACACAAAUAUGAAAUUCAUUUUAUUGAACCUCCCCAUGCAGUUUGUCAUUAGACAACCAGAGUUUGAUCCAAUUAAACAGUUGACGAAAUAAAAA